AUGUGGCAACAGAGCUUUGGACUUCUAGGAAAAUCCUAUGCCCACAACGCAACAGGAUCCUUUUUGCUGGGGAAGUGGCUCCACAUACCACUGUACACAGUGCCUCUGUGCAGUGCUGUGGUGGACGUUGCUAUCCAGGAUUAUGUGGCUGAUGUGGCCUCUGAACUCAUCUACCAGAACAAAAGUCAGAUUUCCACAGAAGUCCUCUUUGUCUUCCCCCUGGGCCCCCACAUGGCCGUCUACUCCUUCCAAGUCCGCAGUGAGGAUGCCAAGAUCCAGGCCAUGCUGCAGAAUGAGGCCCAGCAACUGCACGAGGCUACAGAGGACUGGGAGAAUCUGGAAUACCUUCAGGAUCAGUCCAACUAUCCAGGCGAGGUGUUUGCCUGCUUCCUGGGCACCCUGUCCCCUGGCAGGGAGGUGGUCGUGACCUUGCGCUAUGUCCAAGAGCUGUCACGGAAGCCAGAUGGAGCUGCCCAUUUUGUGCUGCCACGCACACUGCAUCCCUACACAGAACUGUAUGCCUGUAAUUGUCUCACUAGCAAGCUGCCCUACAGCCUGCUGCUCACUGCUAGCCUGCAGUCACCUCGUGGAGUGGCCAAUGUCCAGGCCAACUUCUCCCUUACCCCUUUGAUCUACACUGCCCAGGACCGCAGCACUGCACAGGUCUCACUAGCUGGCAGUCCCUCAAGUCGGCAUGAUUUGGAGCUGCUGGUGUAUUUUGAAGAACCCACUGCAGUCAGUGCCAUGGUGGAAAUGGGAGACCCAGGGGCCCCUGCAGGCUCCCUGCUUGGUGACCCCAUGGUGUUGGUGAUCCUGGCACCCAGCAUUCCUGAGGCAGUGCCGGGGCAGCGCCAGUCUGGAGAGUUCUUCUUCCUGGACACCACUUUUCUUGAGCAUGCACAGGACUCCCUGCUCUUCCUUCUCAAAAGCCUGCCCCUGGGCUGCUACUUCAACAUCUACUGCUAUGGAUCAACGUCUGCAGGUAUCUACCCGCAAAGUGUUGAAUAUACUCAAGACAACAUGACUGAGGCCAUGAAGCACAUCCCCUCCACUGGCUCCAGUCUGGGUGACAUCAAUCUGCUGGAAACCCUCCGCUCAAUCUACAACACCACCCGCCCCUGUGGGCAUACACGCCAGCUCUUCAUCUUCAUGUCUGGGCUACCUCCCGACAAGGAAGCCAUCGCAGCUGAGGUCUGCCAUCACCACAACAGCCACCAGUGUUUCUCCUUUUGCUUCUCUGAGGACAGUGCUGCCCUGGCUACAGCCCUGGCCAGGGAGACAGGGGGUGAAGCUACUUACAUCUCCUGUGACAGCAGUAUGAUGGUUAUGGUGAUUAAGUGUUUGAAGCAGGCCCUCAAGCCAGCAGCUGAGGGAGUCUCUCUGAGCUGGGCCCUGCCCCAUGGCCUGGAGGUUGAGGUGCUGGGAGGCACCCCUCAGUCCAUCUUUCAGAGUCAAUACAGACUUCUCUACGCCCAGAUCCAUGGACAGGCACAGGAUACAAUGGUGGACAAAGGGGCCAUGACUUUGCAGUACAGCCUGGAUGGCCACGAUGUCACUCACACGAUUGAAUUCCCACUGUGCCCACAGGGAGAUGGCCGGCUGGCUGGGCAUUGGCUGGCUGUGAAAUGCUUGCUGGAGAGACUGUUGCCAGAGGCUGCGAGUGGGUCAGGGGAUGAAACAAGGCAUCGUGCAAUAGAGAUCAGCCUCACUUCGGGGAUCAUAUGCCCCUUUACCAGCUAUGUGGGGGUUCGCACAUCACAGAGGAUCGCCUGGUACCGAGGGUCCCUGGCGCUGUUGCCACCCCGCCAGUCACUCAUUCCCUGCCAGAUCAUUGAGCUCCGUGGCUCCAGUAAUGUUUCUUCUUGCUAUCCUACGAGCAUCUGGGUCCCAUCUGGCUGGCUGACAGCAGUGUGUGCAUCAUGGCUUGCCCUCCGUCAACUCACCCAUGGCAUUGCUACCCUGCCCCAGCGGGGGGCUUGCUCAAAAGCAUGUGAACCACCACCACCAUCUGUUUCUUCUCUAAAGUAUGUAGAUCCCAUGGAAUUUGUUUUGCGCUCUCCAGUUUUUGGGCCUUGGUUCACUGAAGUCAUUGCUGAGUGCCAGAAGCUGGUGGCACUGCAGAACAUAGAUGGCUCCUGGACCCUCAGCUCAGGAGUGGCCUCUGUACUGGAAACAGAUGAGGCUGAAAUCAAAGGAAAGAUGCCUGCUGAGGUCACAGAGCCAAGCAUCUGGGCCACCGUGCUGGCUGUGACCUGGCUGCACAGAAACGGCAACUGUUACCAAGACCUCUGUGAGCUGUUGGAAGCCAAGGCUGUGACCUGGCUGUGCAGCCGAGCUGUGUCCCAGCCGGACAAGUGCCUGGAGGCAGUCAAUACUCUCCUUGGGAGCAGCGUGAAACCAAGUGUCUUCAGGCUCUGA